GUCCGCUUAUCAACACUAUUGGCCUACUUUAAUUUACAUUAAAACAAACUUAGUACUCUUCCGUAUUUAUAUAGACAGAACCUCUUACGGACAGUAUGUCGAUCAUGGACACUCAAAUCUUCGCAGUUUUAUGUAUGUGCUUGGUAAAUGUCCAAUGUCGCCCAACAGAAUCUGAGAUUUUUGCCUACCUCAAGUCAAUGAAAAAUGACCCAACACUUCCAGAACAGAAUUUUGGAAGAGAUACUCCAGGUUUAAUACAAGGGGACAUUCUAGAAGCUCAGCGUGAUGUUCGUAACUCUGUGGUGAAUUAUCAACGAACAUGGACCAAUAAUGUAAUUCCAUAUACAUUUGCACCAAAUAACUAUAGUUUUACUGAACAAAACUAUAUCGUAUCAGUCAUUACAGACAUGAUGAAAGUAACAAGCAAUUGUGUGACAUUUAUUCCAAGAACAAUAGAAAAAGACUUUGUGUACAUACAGAACGCAGGAGAAUGUAACAGUGCUGUUGGUAGGACCGGUGGGGUGCAGAUAUUAAACCUUGAUGACAAAUGCUUAAAAAAUGGUACCAUCAUGCACGAAUUGAUGCAUACACUUGGUUUCUGGCACGAACAUACACGACCAGAUAGAGAUGACUAUAUAACAGUUCACGAAAACAAUAUUUUAAAAGAGUAUACAUAUAACUUCAACAAAAUGCCUUCAAAUUCAGUAUUGCUACUGGAACCAUAUGAUUAUUGUUCAAUCAUGCACUACUCUCCAACAACGUUUUCAACUGACCCAUUGAAGCAUACAUUUGAACCACAACAACAUGUGGAAUGCGAGAUUGGUCAGAGAGACUACUUAACAGAGAAAGAUGUCAACAGAAUACAAAAAUUAUACAACUGUGAGAAAGUUGAAGAAAUGUGUUCCAAGCCGAUAAUACUAAGAAAUGGUAAAGUCACAUUCUCAGACAGAAAAAUAAGUUCCAAAAUACAAUAUAACUGUUCCACUGGAUAUGUAUUGGUUGGUCCAUCAGAGAGAUUUUGUAGAAAUGAUGUAACUUGGUCUGGUGACGAACCACUGUGUUUACCUACAAAUAAUGUUCUGAACUUUUGUAAUUUUGACGAUCCUGGAACUUGCAAUUGGAACCCUGAUAUAUUGGAUCCCGAUCAAGACUAUGAAGAGUGGUCAAAACAAGCUGGAUCGACAAAAACACCUCGUACUGGACCUGUCUUUGAUCAUACUAGAGAAACCUCUGAAGGUUUUUAUAUGUAUGUUGAAAGUUCCGAAAAAAUCAAACCAACUCAAAACCAAACAAGGAAAUUCAGGAUAAGGAAUUCCAAUAUCAGUCACGGCGACGUCGAGGGAGGAGUCUGCAUGUCAUUUUAUUCUAACACAUAUGGCAAAGGAAUAGUUCCAGGUUCGCUUCAAGUUUACGUAGCACAUUCAAACAGUUCACAAACAAAACUCAUAUGGAAAGAUGAUGGAACCAAUUCACAGAAAUGGAUAAGAAGAAUCAUAUCAACACAAAUAAAACCAGAUUCAAUGGGUAAAAUGAUUGACAUUAUAAUUGAAGUGGACAUAGGACAAAGUGCAACGCCAUGGGAAAGUGAUAUCGCCGUUGAUGACAUUUUAAUUGCAUCAUGCAAUCAAAUAAAAACAUACGAAGAUUGGUUAGAAAAACAUGCCUCUGCAAUGGUUCCUCAACCGGUUGGAUAAGUGAACAAUUAUAAAACAUUGAAUACUACAACUCAAUUUGAGUUUAUUGCGUUACUUCGAAUUCUGUACCAUUGUGUGUUAUAUAUUUUUUGUAUUUUGUAUUUCCUCAUUUUGUUAUGUUAUCUGAACAGAUUACAGAUAAGU